CUGCAAAGAUGUCAGCUUUUCCAUCUUAGGGGGUAAAGUAUCUUUGUAUAUUUACUAAAAUACAGUUGAUUUGAAGAUAUUACAUGUUCAGUUCCAAGUAGAUAUGAUUUUGGAUCUGAGUAAAUCACAUUCCACAACUACUUCUCACAGCCUGGCAGUAACUUUUUCUCUCUUUUUUUUUUUUGCUGCUGUAAAUGUCUGGUCUCUGAUCAGUCCUGAAUGCUUGCACGAGGAAGCAGAACUUUGUGCCGCGAGAUUUUAUGCGUAACGGUGGAAUACAGAUAGCCUGUGACUUGAAACAGGUGUGAGAGGAAAUGGCGGAGAGGUUCCCUUUAUCACCAGUAGAUGGUGCCAAAAGCUCACUUUUACACAGUUUUGACGUUUUAUAGUCGAAAAAUACUUUAUAGAACUUCUGGAGGAAAAUAUGACUAGAUGAGCUGUAAAAUGCUAAUUGCUGUCACCACCAUUAAAUAGCAUCUAUUGACAUAGUCUUUUAGCUCAGAUAAAAUGUUCUACUGCGUGUUUGAAUGGCCUGUAAUACUGUUGAACUUCGAACUGUUGCUUAAAUGCAUACAGUGUUUGCUUAACACUAAAGCCAGCCUACUUCACCUUUAAAGUAACCUGCAGUCACAUGGUCGACUGCAACCAGGAAGACGGGACUGUUAAGGGACCAUAUGUGUGUUCACAAUAACAAUGUUAUGAAUUGGGAAUGUUGUACCAGUUUUUCUGUCUGUUUUGGCUGUUACAUGAAAGUUAAUACAUUAAAUAACAGAAUAAUUUCGGGACUUUUUUGUUAAUUCUUCUCACAUGUAAAAACAAUUGCCUUCUAGUUUUAAUAAUUUCUAUCUACACAAAUAUUGAUGUACGCAUGUUAUAAAAUAUGAAUAUGGACAUUUUUUGCUUUACUUUGCUUUCAGUAUAUAUACAAACAUGUGUUUAGUGUUACUGGGGAGGCCAGUCUAGCGCGGGUUUGCAAGCUACGGAAACUAUUUUUAGGCGCGAGUUCUCCACAAUGUCAAAUGUAACGGGACUCCGCGCGUGAGGUCACGGCGGGUUGGGUUUCAGCCGCCGAGAGCGGCGGGGCAGAGCGGCGAGCGGAGGCAGAACAGCCCGAUGGAGCCCGCGGGAGAGGGACGGCACGGCGGGGCCCGGGAGGAGGAAGAGGAGGGGGAGGAAGAGCGUGGGGGCGCCGCGUCCUCCGGCGACUCUGAACCCGAACCCGAGACCACAGCCUCCAGGGCCAGGAGGGUGUCCUUCGCCGACGCCUUCGGCCUGGACCUGGUGUCGGUCAAAGAGUUCAGCAGCAGGGCGGUAUCCGCGGCGUCUGUUGCCGCCGACGACGAUGACGAUGCGGCCGCCGCCGUGGAGCCGGGCGGGCCCGACCCAGAGGAGUACUUCCUGUGCUCGCAGUUCUCCGUGCCGGCCUCGGCCGCCGAGCUCCUGGCCAAGCUGCAGGCGCAGCGCUGCGAGCUGGAGUGCGUGGAGCUGUUGCCCGGGACGACCACCCUGCGGGGCACGGUGCGGGUCCUGAACCUGAGCUACGACAAGAGGGUGCGCGUCCGCACCACUCUGGACGGCUGGGGCACCCACUUCGACCUGCCCGCCAGCUUCAUCCCCGGGUCCAGCGACGGCGAGACCGACCGCUUCGCCUUCAGCCUGGAGCUCUCGCCCCCCGUCCCGCCGGAAGGGGUGCGGGUGGAGUUCUGCCUCAGAUACGAGACGCCCCUCGGAACGUUCUGGGCGAACAACAGCGGGAUGAAUUAUGUGCUGUUCUGUCAGCAGCGGGGGUGCAGAGAUGGGAAGGGGAGGCAGUGUGAGGACACCAGCUUCAGGAGCAAGAGGAGCUGUCUGAAGUACAACAGUAAAGAAAAGUCCACAGAAGCAAACACGCCAGUGAUUUCUGCUGAAGCUACAGACGUGCCUCUCAGUAAACAGGAAGUGGAGGUCAGCAAGAAGACAGAAGAGCCUGCACCAAACCCGGAUGGGUUUCAGGAUGACAGCUGUCAGAAACCUUCGGUGGAGAGUGGGCGGAACCCGUCGAGGAGAAGCAGACGCAGGGCGGCACGUCGGGCGCGGUUACAAGAGCGCAGCCACCGCGCAGCCGCGGCAGGGCGCGAGGGGUCCCCCGCUCAGGACAACAGGGACAUGGACGGACAGGCGGACGCGGACGCAGGGCGCUCGCCGUCAGAGGUCUCCGAACUUCCACACGAGGGAGCCUGUAUGAUGUGGGACUGGAGCCAGAGAAGGAGGACGAAGGCGCAUGACGAAUUCUCCCCACAGGCGGGGACAGAGGGGCCGCUGCCACCCCUCAGAUUCGCGGCUGACGCUGGAGCGGCUCUGGCCGGGCCUGGCGAGGACACCCACGGCCUCAGCGGUCCAGCCACGGACACGUUUGGGAGCGUUGAGGAUGGACGGGCAAGUGCGUACACCACAGCAAGAGAGGAGGGAGCCCCUCAGGGUGCAUUCUGGGAUUUGGGAGCCCCUCAGGGUGCAUUCUGGGAUUCUCCAGCCCUCCAGGGAACUCUAUGGGAUUCAGACACUCCCCAGGGAACACUUAUGGAUUCGACAGCCCCUCAGGGUGCAUUCUGGGAUUCUCCAGCCCUCCAGGGAACUCUAUGGGAUUCAGACACCCCCCAGGGUGCAGCCUGGGAUUUGGAUGCUCUACAGAAAUCGGCAGUCUCUCUAUCAGACAUGGCCAGUGGGCCCGAGAGCAGAGGGAGCCCCCAAACGGGGGAGGGGGACGCGAGCACACAGACGCGGGCUGCUGCUGACAUCAGCGCCAGCGUGCGGGACAGUCUGGACGAUGACAUCACCGGCGGGAAGGAUGGGGAUCGACGGCACAGCCAUCCGCUCAGCGGAGACGGGGGCGGAACAGACGCCCUCCAGGAUUCAGACCUCCUCUGGCCCCAGAGCGACAGGGGCGGCGGAAAAUUUAAAUUUGAGACCUUUGUGGCCCCGCUGUACCACCAGGCUUUCCACGAGGCCAGGCCGGACAGCCGGGAUGUUAGCAGAGGACUGUGGGCAGGGGGCCCGGCGUCUGAUGACUCGGACGACGAGGGCCAGGUGGGCAGCGCAGACAGCUGCAGCCGCUUGACCGUCAUGGCAACCGCUCAACCUCUCUUUCCCUUCGGCACUUACGCCCCGCCCGUUCACCCGCUCGGACGUUCGGGCGAGAUUUUAGAGUCAGCCCCGGACAAAUCGUUGGGCACGGAUACACGUGCGCCCAAGCAAGAGCAGCUGGUUUAUGGCCAGGAUAACGCCGCACAGCCUCUCCUGGAAACCAGCGGUGCUGGAGCAGAGAUUACAGCGCACAGCGGAGUUCACCAAGCAGCUGAAGGUGGAGCAGAGGCCGUUUCCGGGGAUGAUGUUCACCAAGCAGCUGAAGGUGGAGCAGAGGUCGUUUCCGGUGACGAUGUUCCCCAUGCAGCUGAAGGUGGAGCAGAGGCCGUUUCCGGUGAUGAUGUUCACCAAGCAGCUGAAGGUGGAGCAGAGGUCGUUUCCGGUGACGAUGUUCCCCAUGCAGCUGAAAUUGGCAUACAGGACGAGGAAUGUAGAGAGCAUUCGUUCACAGACAAAGCUGUAGAGGGGGUUCAUAUCUUAGAGGAGGUUGGAACAAAAACUGAUGCAACGGCUAUGAUAGCAACACUAGCGCUUUCAAACACCAAUGCUACAGAGGGACCUCCGGGAGGAGCCUGCAGUGGAUUUACUCUCCUCCCUGUUUCAGCACGUACCGAGACUGAGGACAAACCAUAUGAACUUGGGGGAGGUCUUGUGACCUAUACAGAUGGUUUUGGUGAGGUGGGGGGAAAUUUCUCUGAGGGAGAGGGACAGGAGGUCAGAGAAAAGCAAACAAAAAAGGAAGAGGAGUCGAGAAGAAACGAAGGAGAUCGUGGCAAAAUGGCUGAAAUUUCUGUGGGGAGUGAAAAGGAGAUAGCUGAUUUUACUGGUGGAGGCACAGAAGGAAUGUGGAUGGAGAACAAAGUAAGUCUGGAUGAAAGCCAGAUGGUGUCAGCAGAAAAAGAAGAAGAGUUCAGUAAAACAGAGGCAGUAUUGGUGGAAAAUGACCGUCCUUGUGGUGAAUACCUCAUUAAAAAUGAAGAUCUCGAUGAUGAGGUUUCAGUAGAAGAUGCAGGACCUAUCAAAGAUGUGUUGGUGGAAAAUGUUGAUGAUGAGGUGUUGAUGGAAGAUGAAGAGAUUGAUAAAAACGUAUCUGUUGAAAAUAAAGAUGUAUUGGUGGACACUGAAGAUGUUGAUGAUGAGGUGUUUGUGGAAGAUGAAGAGCUUGAGAAAAACAUAUUGCUAGAAAAUAAAAAUCUUUAUAGUGACAAUGUAAAAGAAAAUGAAGAUCUUGACAAUGAAGAAUUGUCAGUGGAAGAUGCAGAACUUGUUAAAAAUGUAUCAGCGGAGCAUGAAGAUGUUGAAAAUGAUGAGGGGUCAGUGGAAGAUGAAGACCUAUCUGGUGACAAUCUAAACGAAAAUCUUGACAAUGAAGAAUUGCCAGUGGACGAUGCAGAGCUUGUUAAAGAUGUAUCAGUGGAACAAGAUAUUGAUAAUGAUGAGAGGUCAGUGGAAGAUGCAGAGCUUGUUAAAGAUAUAUCAGUGGAACAAGAUAUUGAUAAUGAUGAGAGGUCAGUGGAAGAGGAAACAGAUAAAUACGCAUCAGUGACUGAUGUAGAACUUGACAGAGAUCAGAGGUCAGUGGAAAACAAAGAUCUUUAUGGUGAAAACCUAACUGAAAGUGAAGGUGUUAACGAUGACAGGUUCUCAGUGGAAAAUAAAGAUCUUGACAGUAAGGUGUCUCUGAAAGAUGAAGAUCUUGAUGAAGAAGCACUAUCAAUGGAAAAUGGAGACGGUAUCCAUGAGGCAGGAGAAGGGGCCGCAGCAAGUAAAGAUCUGUAUGAGGUGAAAUCAGAGUCAUCAGCAGGAAAGAAAGAUGAUCUUUAUGGUCAAGGGGAAGUGUUUUUUAUAGAAAGGAAAGAUGAGCACCAUGGCGGAGAAAAUGAAAGAGAAGAUCUUGAUGAAGAAGUGGGGGUGGUCUUCAGGGGACUGGGGCUUGAUCCAUGUAAGGACCUAAAAGCAGAAGCACUCGGAGAUGAAGACGUUCAUCUCCACACGGACAGAGCCGCGGCUGGUGGAGAGACAGAGGGGGACGUGACAGAAGCGGGAGAGGUAUUUAAGGAAGAAGGGAAGCGAUCCGUAGACGGGGAGGAUCCCGAUCGGGAGGCGGAGGAAGACAACGUCUCCACAGACUCCCUGACGGACGAGGAGAUGGAGCUGCACAUGCGGAGCGUGAAAUCUGCCAUCGGGCCGCCGCUGGGCCGCGCGGCGCUCGGGAGCAGCGGGGCCAUGCCCGGCGGCGGCGCUGGCGGUAAGAGGCCGUCGGUGAGCAGGGCGAGGGUGCGGCCCACGGCGCUGUCGCCCAUCAGCGAGUCCCCGAACGAGGACGGGGACGCUGCAGAGGAGCCGGGCCUCCCCCCGGCGGAAACGGCGGGAGAUGGCGGCGCCGCCACCGCGGCACCUCCCGCCGAGGCGGUGGAAAACGCGGCCGGGUCGUACCUGUCCUCCUGGGCGGACGCGUUCUGGGCCAGCCACCUGGGGAGGACCUUCCUGUACGUCCUUCUGUGCGCGCUCUUCUUCUUCACGGCUUACCACUACGACUUCCUGGCCUGCUUCGCGCUUUACCUGUUCUCCGUGUUCUGGCUCUGCUUCCACGGGGACAAGCAGCGCUUGCAGGAAGCCAACAGAGGGAAGUAGAAGCCGGGCCAGUGUGGUUUGGCGGUUUUUGCGGACUGUUCCGAUUGGCCCACAGCCAAGAGGCUGAAUCUGAGACGUGAACACCUUACCGAUGCGAGCUCCGAACUCACAUUGUGGGCCGUGUGGCUUCAGUCAACUGGUCUGUCAAUCAACGUGAUUAUGCACCUUAUUUACAUUUAAACCUGUAUAAAUCAGGGAAAUGACCAAAACAGAAGGAUCAGCACAAUCAACGUAAGCAAAUAGAAAAAAAAGAAAAAUUUUUACAAGUCCAUGCAUGAACAUUGUGCAAGAAUCUCUGUUCUAUGAAAAAAAAACACGAGUGAAAAGGUGGAGAUGAAUUUCUGAUGAUCACAUAACCCAUGUGAAAAAAUAGUAUGUUAAAGUAAGCCUGAAGUAUACUAUUUCAUACGUAAAAAUACUUUAAGCAUAAUUCAAGUUGAUAUCAAUUAUGCCAUGUAUACCAUUUUUUCACAUGGCAUGCUAUGUGCUGAAAGCUGAAAGAGGUUCACAGUUCAGAAUCUGAAGGGCAUCUUUACAUGAUUGCUGUAUUUUUGCAGUGCGGUGCUUGCCUAGGCCUUCUGUGGCCCGUCAUCUUGAGUAGUUUUGUUGUUUCAUUUGUGCAAUCGCAUCUCUGUGAACGGAGUUGCUUAUGUGAGUGGCAAUGUAAACUGUUUUUGUUGGCUGUCGGUAGGUAAUGCAGUUGUUUUCCGACGAGCAUAAUCACAUCUUUUUUUUUUUUAAAGAUUCUACUCUUUCAACACGUUCAGGUUGGCCAUGGACAGAGAUGUCGGGAAUGAUUACAUACCUCUGCGAUCCUCAAACUGCACUCCAAAUUUGUGUCAUCCUACAGCCUUAUCUGCACACUGAAAAGCCACUUAAUUGUCUUGUGAAUAAAAAAAAUGUACAAUUAAAAAAAAAAAAAUCCAGUGACACUGCACCAGUCACCGCGAUGAUUCUUUCUUUUUUCUUUCUUUUUUCCCCGACAGGCUUUUUUAAUUGUGUGGCAUCCGUAUGCAAAUGAGGCUGCCCACUUAUGCAAAUUUGUGAGCUGAGAGCCGCCAGCUUAGCUCGUGAAGCUGAGGUGAUGAUGUCACUAAACUGCGCUGUCACCAUCAAGUACCAGAAUUGCUGUUGUUGUUGAAAUGUUUAAUUUCCGUCUUGCACGAGAGGGAAAUCAAUUCACUGCAAUAGAAACCACAGAGUACAACAUCACAGCAUCACUCUGAUGGGAGAGGCCAUCUCUGUCAUGUUCUAAGGACCACUGAGUGAAUGGAUAGUGGAUGACUGAAUGAUGUUUUUUUCUUCUUAUUAUUGUACUGUACAUCUGCAUGAGUAUCAAAAUGAUCAGAAUAAUAUAGUUUGUACCAGUGCUUUAUAGAAUUGAUUCAGUUAUAAUCCUUGAACUAGCUUUUCCUCAGAAAUAAAUUUCAUGUUAAUAGUACUAAAUAAAUCCAUUGCUGAAAUCUU